AUGGAUUUUCGCUCCGCUCUGUCCGACUUUGAGAAGCCGGCCAACUCCAGAACACGAAAGGAGCGAGAUCACUUGGACACCUGCGCGUGCGCGACCACCGCUGAGCUCAGCAGGGCCGUGUCCGUGUCCCUGGGCUUGGAUGCCUCGUCUUCACCGCUCAACGGUAACGCCAACCUCAGCGCCGCCGGUGCAUUUAGUGACUGCGAGGCGGCCGUGGGUCACUCUCAGAGUUCGCGACCAGAGUUCGGCGUGCUUCGGAACAUGGAGUGGCGGGGCCACGGCGACCCGAGAGAGGACGAGUUCACAGACGUGUGCCACGCAAUCCAGCAGGUGAGCUGCAUGGACCUCUUAAAAUCUGGCGAAGAUGACAGCGCACGUACUGUGACGCGCGGUUCGGUGAUUUCCACCUUUGUCAGCAAGGAGUCCAACUUAUUUGCGAACACGUCCGCGGAACCCGCCUCCCAAAUGGACCAUCUGUUCGCUCUCAAACCAUAUUCCGCCUGCGCUGUUCACCCCAAUUUUUACCGAGAUUUCCCGGGAGUGUUGUACUCUAAUAAUGAGCACGCGUGCGGUGACCGAGUGGAGCCGGAGGGGGCUCCGUAUCAUUUGGAGUGUAAAUAUUGUAACUGUGGACAAGCCAGCGUUGGAUCGAUGCACGACUGCCGCUGUGUCUGGCGCAAGAAGGACGAGCAGAGUAAAGGAGGCAUGCGAGCUGGAGCAACGAUGGCGCAAGGCUACGGCCAAGUGGAAAGUUACCCAAGUGAACAUUUUCCCGGACAGCGCACUUAUCCAUCAAUCAAGACUGAGUUGCCCGCGUGGAUGGACUGCACAGAAAGGGGCUUCAGGCCUGAAGACCUGUUUCCUGGCGUGUUCCUCUCAGACCGGCGGGUGUGCCAGGUGUGUGGGGAUGAUGCCUCAGGUUGUCAUUAUGGAGCAGUUACCUGUGGCAGCUGUAAAGUAUUCUUCAAGAGAGCAGCCGCUGGUAAACAAAAUCACCUGUGCGCCAGCCGAAACGACUGCACUAUUGACAAGCUGAGGCGGAAAAACUGUGCUUCGUGUCGCUUAAAGAGGUGCUUCAUGUCAGGAAUGAGCCUCAAAGGUCGCCGGCUGAAGGGCGUUGGCCAGACGAGGAGUGGAGAAGAGGAGCAACCUUCUGCUGCCUGGGGGCAUGGAGAAGCAUCUCAGGCUGUGGUUGUAAAUAUCCCCCCAAGUAUCCGUUCCUGCCUAUCACUGCUUAGUGUGCUCCAGUCCAUUGAACCUGCCGUCGUCAAUGCUGGGCAUGACCCUGCCCUUCCAGACAGUGCCGCCUCCCUGCUCACCAGCCUUAAUGAGCUCGGUGAGAGACAACUUGUCACAGUUGUACGCUGGGCCAAGGCAAUGCCAGGGUUCCGCAACUUACACGUAGAUGACCAGAUGACAGCAAUUCAGUUGUCCUGGAUGGGGGUCAUGGUGUUCGCUCUGGGGUGGAGGUCCUACACCCAAACCAACAGCUCAAUGCUCUACUUUGCUCCAGACCUUGUUUUCAAUGACCAGCGGAUGCAGAUAUCCAGUAUGUAUGAGCACUGUGUGCGAAUGAAGGUUCUGUCCCAACGCUUCUGUAUGCUGAAGGUCACCCAGGAGGAGUUCCUGUGCAUGAAGGCACUGGUCCUCGUUAGCAUUAUGCCAGUGGAGGGCUUGAAGAACCAGCAAUGCUUUGAUAAUCUGCGGGCCUCCUACAUCAAGGAACUGGAGCGCUUGGCCAGUCACCGUGGGGAGACCACCCGGACACAGAGGUUGUUUCAGCUCACGCAGCUGCUGGAUUACCUCCAAUCGAUUGUGAAGAAGUUGCAUCAGUUCACUUACGAGCUGUUCAUUGAAGCUCAGUCCCUGCAGACCCGCGUCAACUUCCCGGAGAUGAUCUCAGAGAUCGUAAGCGUCCAUGUGCCCAGGAUCCUCUCAGGCAUGGUCAAACCCAUCUUAUUCCAUAAUUCCGACUAG